AGCGAAAAUUGAAGAAUCCUGUUUUCGCGAGAAGGAGGUGGUGAUUCGAGGGAAGGAAGUGAAGCUGAAGCCGGAAGAUGCUGAGAAUCUGCACCAAGCUCCGCUCUUUAGCGGCGCAAUCCUCUAAUCGAUCUCCAAUCUUCCUACCCUAUUCUUCCCGUCGCCUUAUUCUCCACUCUUCUCCAUUUAUUUCAUGUAAAGGCCAACCACUCCAUUCCGCCGCUGCUUCUACUGCUUGGAGUCUUUGUGGGCAGCUCCUCAAUGCGUCUAAAUCGUCCCCUGUGUUGCCGUCUCAAUCUGUCUCAUCGCCUUUCUCUUUGGUGGGUGUCCGAGGUGUUUCAUCGAGGGAGCGGAAGAAGAGGAGGAAGCCCAUGACACCAGUCACCUCCAAAGUUAAGAAGAUUAAAAUGAAGGGUUACUCUUCCUUCAAGGGAAGAUUUCGUACCCUGAAUGAUGGGACUAUCCGGCGAUGGCACGAGGGUAAGAGGCACAAUGCACACUUGAAGUGCCAACUUCUCCAUGAUUCUUCUGUUAUCCCACUCCCCAGGCUCCCUCAACAUGCAUUAGCUACUGUUAGUUUAUAUACUGAAACCGUUUCUGGGGCUGUUAUUGUCGAGCAAAGCAAAGCGCAGACUUAGAAAGCCCGCCAUAGUGCCAGCAGCUUAUGCAAAGGUCAUGAAGAAGCUUAAUUUCUGUGCAUGAAGUGAAGCAUGCAUCUUCUCUAUUCAACCAAUUUGGAUUCAGCCAUGGGCUGGGAGCGCUUGGAGUUUCGCUACGAAUGUAACACUGGUGGCGAUCUCAUAGUUCCCUCUCGAACUUUGUACUUCUGUUGGUUGACGAAGAUUCGACAAUUUCCCAGUUUACACUUUGCUAGGUCAACGGUGCUCGUUGCAAUCUGGAAUACAUAUUUGUUCAGAUUCCUCCCCGUCAGCGUUGAGAAAUAGUGACAAGUAGUAUAUCUUAAAUCUUUCAUUUGCCUAGCUUGGUGGAGCUGUUACUGUCUUUAUUUUUCUGUUUUGCCUGUAAUUUUUUCACCAAGGUAGACUUCAGUUAUCUCAUUUCCUAGAAAAAGAGGGUGUUCAGAGUCGAAAAAUUCAGAACCCGAAACA